AUGGCUGAACAACUGAACAUGGGCGGCUUGAGCCUUGCCGAGCAGCAGAAUGCUCCCCGCUCCUACAUCCCUCCUCACAUGCGAGGCAAGAUGGGAGGUGCACCUGUACCUGCGCCUGGACCUGGUCCUGCACCUGGUGCCAACCCUGCUGUCAACGGUGGCCUGAACAACAGCGCCUGGGCUGGUAACAACAGCUACGAUGCUCGUCCCGCUCCUGGUGGGUGGGGAGGUGCUCCCGACUUCCCUCCUCCCGGUCAGGCUGCUCCCCCGCCUCCUGGCCCCCCGCGUACGGCACCCCAGAACUGGAAUAACAAUCGUCCUGGUUUCGACCGCAACGCCUACGGCAACCCUGGUCAAGGCGGCCAAGGUGGUGGCCAGGGUGGCGGUUACGCUGGCGGCUCUGCCCGUGGCGCCGGUGACGGAUCUUGGAAGGAUGGAAAGCACAUUGCCGGCCCCGCCAACCCAAGAGUCGAACGAGAGCUGUUCGGUACCCCAGACGACUCGUCCAAGCAGCACACGGGUAUCAACUUCGACAAGUACGAUGACAUCCCCGUCGAGGCUUCCGGCCAGAACGUUCCCGAGCCCGUCCUGACUUUCACCAACCCUCCUCUGGAUGACCACCUCAUCCGUAACAUCGGCCUCGCCCGUUACACCAUUCCCACUCCCGUCCAGAAGUACUCGAUUCCCAUUGUCAUGGGUGGACGUGACUUGAUGGCCUGUGCCCAGACUGGUUCCGGCAAGACGGGUGGUUUCCUCUUCCCCAUCCUGUCUCAGGCUUUCCAGACUGGUCCCUCUGUCGCUCCUGCCGGUGCUGGCGGAUUUGGUCGUCAACGCAAGGCAUACCCUACCUCUCUCAUUCUCGCCCCGACACGUGAGCUUGUCUCCCAGAUCUAUGAAGAGGCCCGCAAGUUUGCCUACCGCUCCUGGGUUCGCCCCUGUGUGGUCUACGGUGGAGCCGACAUUGGCUCUCAGCUUCGUCAAAUCGAGCGCGGCUGUGAUCUUCUUGUUGCCACCCCCGGACGUCUUGUCGAUCUCAUAGAGCGAGGCCGCAUUUCGCUCGUCAACAUCAAGUACCUUGUCCUUGAUGAGGCUGAUCGUAUGCUUGACAUGGGUUUCGAACCCCAAAUUCGCCGAAUCGUUGAGGGCGAGGACAUGCCCGGCGUCCAGAACCGCCAGACUCUUAUGUUCUCCGCCACCUUCCCCCGAGACAUCCAGAUGCUCGCCCGUGAUUUCCUGAAGGACUACGUCUUCCUGUCGGUUGGACGAGUUGGAUCCACUUCGGAGAACAUCACCCAGAAGGUCGAGUACGUCGAAGACGUCGACAAGCGCUCUGUCUUGCUAGACAUCCUGCACACCCAUGGUGCGGGCCUUACUCUCAUCUUUGUUGAGACAAAGCGCAUGGCCGACUCUCUGUCCGACUUCCUCAUCAAUCAGAACUUCCCCGCUACAUCAAUUCACGGUGACCGCACUCAACGCGAGCGUGAACGUGCAUUGGAGAUGUUCCGCAACGCUCGGUGCCCCAUCCUCGUUGCUACCGCCGUUGCCGCGCGUGGUUUGGAUAUCCCCAACGUCACCCACGUUGUCAACUAUGAUCUCCCAACUGACAUUGACGACUACGUUCACCGAAUCGGUCGUACUGGUCGUGCUGGAAACACUGGUCACUCCACGGCCUUCUUCAACCGUGGUAAUCGUGGUGUUGUCCGUGAUCUCCUGGAGCUCCUGAAGGAGGCCAAUCAAGAGGUUCCUGCUUUCCUCGAGACCAUUGCCCGCGAGAGCUCAUUUGGUGGCGGCGGUGGCCGAGGUGGUCGUGGAGGAGGUGGCCGUGGCCGUGGGCAAGGUGCCAAUCGCGAUUUCCGAAAGUUCGGUGGUGGUGGUGGUGGUGGCGGCGGCGGCAGCGGAGGUGCUGGCUUUGGCGGUGGCUUCAACGGUGGCCCACCUCAGGGAGGUGCUGGCUUCGGCGGUAGCUACGGUGGAGGUGCGCCCCCUGCUGGAGGAUACGGUGGUGGUGGCGGCGGUUACGGAGGUGGCGGCUAUGGAGGAGGCAGCUACGGCAACCCAAGCGGACCGGGCGGCCAGGCCUCCUGGUGGUAA